GGGACUGAAGAGCUAUGGAGCAGUACACAGCGAACAGUAACAGUUCCACAGAGCAGAUCGUGGUGCAGGCUGGACAGAUUCAGCAGCAGCAGGGUGGUGUCACUGCUGUCCAGUUGCAGACUGAGGCCCAGGUGGCAUCCGCCUCAGGCCAGCAAGUCCAGACCCUCCAGGUAGUCCAGGGUCAACCACUAAUGGUACAAGUAAGCGGAGGUCAGCUGAUCACAUCCACUGGCCAGCCCAUCAUGGUGCAGGCUGUGCCUGGAGGUCAGGGGCAGACAAUCAUGCAAGUCCCAGUUUCUGGAACACAGGGACUGCAGCAGAUUCAGUUGGUCCAGCCAGGUCAGAUUCAGAUUCAAGGUGGGCAGGCUGUGCAGGUACAGGGGCAGCAGGGCCAGACCCAGCAGAUCAUUAUACAGCAGCCACAGACUGCAGUUACUGCUGGCCAGACACAGACCCAGCAACAAAUAGCAGUUCAAGGACAACAGGUAGCACAAGCAGCUGAAGGCCAGACCAUAGUCUAUCAGCCAGUUAAUGCUGAUGGAACCAUUCUCCAACAAGUUACAGUCCCUGUUACAGGCAUGAUCACCAUUCCAGCAGCCAGUUUGGCUGGAGCCCAAAUUGUCCAAACGGGAGCCAACACCAAUACAACCAGUAGUGGACAAGGGACUGUCACGGUGACUCUUCCAGUUGCUGGAAAUGUUGUCAAUUCAGGUGGAAUGGUUAUGAUGGUACCUGGAGCUGGAUCAGUACCAGCUAUCCAGAGAAUACCUUUGCCUGGAGCAGAAAUGCUGGAGGAAGAGCCCCUCUAUGUAAAUGCCAAGCAAUAUCACCGGAUCCUUAAGAGGAGGCAGGCACGUGCUAAGCUUGAAGCGGAGGGAAAAAUUCCCAAAGAAAGAAGGAAAUACUUGCAUGAAUCUCGGCAUCGGCAUGCCAUGGCUAGGAAGCGGGGAGAAGGGGGACGUUUCUUCUCACCAAAGGAAAAAGACAGCCCUCAUAUGCAGGAUCCAACUCAGACCAAUGAAGAAGCAAUGACACAGAUGAUCAGAGUCUCCUAACCACUGCUUAAAAGAAAAAAAAAAACAAACAAAACUGAACAGAAAUUCCCGUCCCUUCUGCAAGUCUGUUCUACCUUUCCAGUGUCUCAAGCGAGUCUUUCGGUGGGACAAUCGCCAUAUCACAGCCUAUCCUUUUCUACAGAACAAGCACCACGUUUUCAGUACGUGGUCAAGAUUUUAACUGCAGUUGACUCAACAAAUAGAAACUUACUGACUUUCUUGGGUAUACUCUUCUGAUCCAGCGCAGGGAUUUCAGAGUCUGACUGCUCAUGCCUUUUUUUUUUAAAAAAAACAAAACAAAACACAACAUUUCUUGCAUUAAGAUUGGCCAUGGGUGAGAUUGUGCCACUGACUCGGUGAUCAGCAAUAACCCUGGCGUGCUGAAGCAGGGCCAGCAAAGACCUCUUGGAGU